UCGCGAGCACAUAACGCUUUGUGGAGUGUCGGCAAAUAUCUAUGCUCUCAGUGACAUGUAUAGUAGUGCACAAAUAGCUGAGGGUCAAUGUGCUCGCGAUCAAUGGAAAGCUUAGAUAGCGAUUUUCUACACACUCGCUGAGCAAUAUUUAUGUCUAUUAAGGUGUAUGGAUGUGCGCAUACAUGAAUGAUGAUUUGAUUCUUCACUGUGUUCUUUUCUCAUUUCUUGCAAAGCAGCUAGUAUUUUUUAAGUCAUUCAGUUCUUUGGAUGACAGUUUUCAUUACAACAGAGAAAUUUUUUUGGUUUUGUUUGGAUACAUUUUUUUUUUGACAGAGACUAUUUAGUACAAUUUGCGAAAAUGCAAAUACAAACUUAUUAUUUUUGCUUUCCUAUAACAAAAUGUAUAAUGAUUAAAAAAUUUUGAGUUAUAUGAAAGAAUUUACUGAGAAAUAAAAUUUAGUUGUGCUCCGACGGAACUCCCAUGCCAGAGAGUAAAACGAGACAAAUUUGGUGAUAAGCAAAAAAACAUAGAACGAAUAUAAGCGAAAAACAAAAUGAGUCAAAUUUCACAUAAGGAUGGAGAAUGCUCUAUCACCUUACCAUUGGGCGCUAUUAAGGGGCGGGAAGACAAAACUGUCUACGAUCAGAAAUUUUUGAGUUUCGAAGGUAUACCAUUUGCUCAACCACCAUUACGUGAGUUACGUUUCCGUGCGCCAGUACAGGUGGAACCAUGGAAGGGCGUUAAGGAUUGUACUAAAUGCGCCAGUAAGCCUUUACAGUUAAACCCAGUCAAUGAGAGCAUAGAAGGAUCUGAAGAUUGUCUUUACCUAAAUGUCUAUACAAAACGACUUAAUUCGGAAAAACCACUACCUGUUCUUGUAUUUAUAGCCGGUGGGUCUUUUCGUUCAGGUGGCGCCAGAAGAGAAACAUUGGGUCCCGAUUACUUUAUGAAUGAAGAUGUAGUGCUUGUUACCUUUAAUUAUCGACUAUGCUCUUUAGGCUUUCUCAGUUUCGCCGAUCCUACACUGAGUAUACCCGGUAAUGCUGGUCUCAAGGACCAAGUACUCGCACUUAAGUGGAUUAAGCAGUACAUAUCGCACUUCAAUGGUGAUCCUAAGAACGUUACAGUUUUUGGUUCAAGCGCCGGGGCUGCCUCAACCCAUUUACUGAUGCUGUCUGAGCAAGGACGUGAUCUCUUCAAACGUGCCAUUGCCAUGUCUGGUUGUGCGCUAAAUUAUUGGGUUAAUAUGCCGCAAACAAAUAUGGCUUACCGUUUGGCAAAAUUUCAUGGCUAUAACGGUGACAAUCUCGAUGCAAGCGUUUUACAAUUUCUAAAUAAGCUAGACCCUACAAAAUUGGUUGUGCACUCUUUAUUAAACAAGGACGAACAGCGUAAAUCGUAUUUGUUUCCAUUCGGUCCAAUUGUUGAACCUUAUAUAGAAGAGGGUUGCGUUAUACCGGAGCGUCCAUUUAAUAUGCUUAAGAAUGCAUGGAGCAAUAAAAUAUCAAUGAUGAUCGGUGGCACCUCAUUUGAAGGUCUGUUUAUGUACAAUACACUCAAGAAAAAUCCUGAUAUUAUGAAACUUUUAUACAACGAACCAGCAUUAAUACUACCAGAAGAUGUUCUCAAUUCAAAUACUACAAAAGAAAAUAAACGCAUGGGAGAACAACUAUUAAAAUUGCAUUUCGGCGAGAAGGAACCGAAUGAUCACUCGCUUUUUCACUAUUUAGAUUUAUAUAGCUAUAAAAUCAUUUGGCACGACUUGCAUCGUACUAUUUUAGCACGCUUAAGUUUUGCACUGGCCCCCACUUUUCUGUAUCGUUUUGGCUUCGACUCACCAGAUUUCAAUGUUAAUCGCAGGCGAUAUUCAGAUGAAAAGGCUCGUGGUGCAUGCCAUGGUGAUGACUUGUGCUAUUUAUUCCAUUCACGUGACUCAAAAAAGUUGUAUCCAAACUCGGCCGAAUAUAAAACCAUAAAGCGUAUGAUAAGUAUGUGGACGACAUAUGCUACUAAUGGUGAUCCCGAUUCGCCAACAACGGAUCCGAUUAUUUGGGACGCCGUAACGAAAUAUUAUAAUCUACGAGGGGUUAAUAUUGGUCAACAUUUGGAAUUUACGACAAUUCCAGAAGUAGACAAAUUGGAAGCAUGGGCGAAGUUAUAUAAGAGUCCGGAGCAAUUGUGUGGCGCCCACAAGGUAGAGGAUUAUAAUUGGGGCGAUCCAUUACCAACACUCUUAUAAAAAUGCGAUGAAGUCAACAGUGGAUACAUAUAUACAUAAUCUGCAGGACAGGUUGCCAGCUCGUAAAAGCUAGUAAAGAGUCUUAAUUUUUAAGGAUCUUACGGACGUUCUUAGAAUAUUAAAAUAUAUUUUAUUCUCAGUGAAAUAUUAUUUAAAAAAUAUUAACUUAAAUUAGCCUAUAAUAAAUUACAUAUAUAUCGAUACGAAUACUUUAUAUUUCGUUUCAUGGAA